AUGGCCGUUGGAGUCGGUCGCAAUUGGCAAGCUCCGGUGCCGACCAACGUCGACGAAUCUGACACAGAGGAGUUCCUCUGUGCGCUGCGCAAGUGUGUGCUACUCCUGGCGGGCCUCACGGCCAUCGGCGUAUGUUUCAGCGUGCAGGCCGAGCCCGGGAUAGAUGACGUGAGGGGCGUCAUCCGCACAUUGCGCGGCAUGGUGUUCGUCUGCUGCAACGCCGCCGCCCUUGCCGCGUCCGUGUUCCUUCUCCUCCGGCUCCUGACCAAGGUAUUAGGCACCCACGGAAUCAGAUACUCUCAAUUGCAGGUCAUCAUCAACCUAGACGUGCUUGGUCUGAUUGGCGCCUAUAGCGCCGCGACCGUGAAGACCUCUAUCUCGGUCGCCACUUUGGUGGCAGCAGUACUGCUGUACGUUGCCAUUCAGGUCUUGCUGUUCUUGUCCAAGCCCGUGGGGAGGCUGCUCACCCAGGUGCAAGAAGCACCGCCGCAAAAGUGCCUGAAAUCUCAGAAGCAAGUUCGUUGGCAGCAAACUAUGGCAAAGUACAGUGCCAUUGAUAUUGUAAUGAAGUUGGUCAAACCUAUCCUUAUAUGCACGGUUCUUACAGUGAGUACGGCAUAUGAAGUUAGUGUUGGACCGGUGCCCACGGCCCUGUGUGACCCGGGCACCGACAACACGUAUCUGGAGACAACGGAAUGGGUGUACUUCCGUUGGCACGACACUACCUCCGUGGCGUCCCUGGUGUUUAUUCUCAGCGUCGUCUUGAGCGAGGUAUUCAGCAAGCAGAGAAUCAUGGACCGUGCACUGCAAGUCGCCAUGACCCUGGACCUGUUCACCCUGGUUGUCGCCCACGGCAGGAGGUGCCCACAUUUGUUGGCAUUUGUGUACAUAUCUGUAACAGCUCUCAUGUUCCUCCAUGUCAUGGUUUCCUUGUCUGAAAUGUUCCAGACUUGCGGCACGUGGCAAAGAGUGUUGAGGGAGAAGAUGAAGCACUGUGUACCCAAUUGGCUCAACAAUUUAUAUGAGCUGCCAAUGAAAGGGCAUACUGACGGGCAAGCAUUGGGAUGGAAUUUGGAGGACGAUCGCCAUUUUGUAUUGCUCGUUGCAAUAACGAUGUUAAAUGUCAUCGUCACAUACAACCCCGGCACGAGCCUAUCACCCAGCUUUCAUUUAGAGAACCGGUUCGACCAUGCCAUGGAGAACCGGGCAUUCCACUCCAACGAAUUUUAUGCAGGAAACCUCACGAACCAAGUCAGCAUGAGUUCUGUGUCCAGCUUAUGGCAAGAGAAUACCUCAGCCGACCUGAACCUGGCUUUCUACUGCAAUGCAACUGCCUUUACUGGGUUCCUAGUUAUCAUCAUGCUGCUGGCGAACAGGGACCUCUCAUCAAGAAGAAUGCAGUGGUACGUGCAGCGGCUGUGCACAGUUCUCGAAGUGAUCGGCUUCCUGGGUACGUGGAACCCCCUCACGAAAUCAAUGGAGGAGAUAUGUGAAGAUGUCUUCUUAAUUCUACUCGGCAUUGCAUACUGUGUUAUAAUGUCAAGACGUCCGUGGCAGAGAGUUCAAUCGAUGCUCGGAUGGCUCCAGCAUACUUUUCGAGUGGAUCCCACCGAGGAGGAGGGCUCAGAGGAAGAGCUGGAGUUCGGCCUAGCAGGUGGGGGCACGAACGGGGAGCCCGUGGCAGUGGAGAUUUCUGCGCCGGUUCUUGGGGGUGCACUCACCCUCGUCUUGUGA